AUGGGCGGCUCGGCAGCCGCUGUGAUGCAUGGACUGUCGGGCCCUGCGGUGGCCCUGGUGGACCAUGAGUUUGACGCUGAAGUUUCCAGAAAACAAUUGUCUGGUCCUACAUUUUCCAAGCAGAAGAAAGGAGUCAGUCAUAUCCAUCAAAACGACCAGUGGCCAUCAGCCCGCUGCAGCCAUCGAUCCGGGCCCCGGCCUCUCCGCACGCCCAGCGCCACCCGGCUCCUAGCUGUCUCGCUAAAGGUCAGUGCGCCCCUGCGCAUUUCCUGGGCUGCCUUUGGGGGGCAGUCUGAUGCCGAGGAUUUCGGGUGUUGGGGAAACAAGACGUGCUCGCCUAACAAAGACUCAAUCUACAAAGGCUGCAUAAACAAAACAGUGAUUACAUUUGAACUGGAGUGCCGCAAGUUUACUUCGGUGUGUAAAAUAUCACCCCGGAAGCCGGAGGACGGGGCCCUGGUGGGCACAGAGAAAGUCUGGGGACGCCGCAGAGGCCGGCUGUCCUGUCGGGGACAAGUGGGAGGGACAGUGUUCCUUCCCCAAGCUGUCCAGGGUGGUGCCCCCUCUCUGCCCGCGCCCCCCAGGACGGUACAUGUUCUGAGAUGGACAGGUAUUUCAGGCCGCGGUGCAAGAGAGACCGAGGAGAGCAGAGACAUUCCGAGCAAGUAUGAAAUGAGAUGGGGAGUUAAUGAGGUGGAGACACAGCGAGGCGAUUCCAGAUGGCAGGAGAGGCGUCUGCGCCCCGAGGUGUGGGGCGGUGGAGCCGGGCAGUGGCCGGAUAGGGGCUGGCAGGCCUGCGCUGGGGCCCGAGAAGCCGUCUCCAGGUCCCACAGAAUGAGAGGCCAGAGCUCGGGCAGCCGGACAUCACUGGAUGCUGCCUGGGACCUCCUUUACUGUGUUUUCCACCCAGAGAGAAACCCCUCCAGCUGGGGGAUGCAAACACCCUGCAGACCCAGGCACCACGGCAUUGGUGCCCGGCAUCGCUGGAGCCAUGCCCUUGACGCUCCACGGAAGCGAUACACGUCUAAGAGAAUGGUGACCUCGACCCUGUCCUCCUCCAGCACCGUGUUCCCAGCUGGCGCAGGGCCUGGCUGCUAUGCAGAUGCCCCUUGA